UCACAAUGUCGUUGUUUGAUCAGUUCAACAGCAACGAGAUUGACGACAUUGCGCCAAUGGCGCACAUGAGCUCCGAGACGGACUUUGACGAGCCGAUUGGCUCGUCUGGUUACAUUAGCGCUCGGCUCAAUCUCGAGGAAGAGCUGCCAAUCUUCUCCAAGAAGCUGGUCGACUACCGACCGCCGCACCCUCUCGUCAAGCUGGUCGUCUCAAACGACAUUAUUGUCAUGGCACUGGCGAACAGGUCGGUCUCGCGCCUCAGCCUGGACAACGCUGCCGCCAUCGACAACGUCGAGUUCACGAAACGCUUGGAUGAUUCCAUCCACAACAUCUUUCUGGAUCCGUUUGGUCGACACUUGCUCAUCUCGAUGGCUUCUGGAGAAGUGUACUACCUGCACGCGAGCUCCAAGAAGGCCAAGUUGCUGAGCAAAGUGAAGGGUGUGAUUGAUUCCGUCGCAUGGAACCGCCUUGCCACGGCACAGGAGCUCUCGACGCGCGAAAUCUUGAUUGGCACAAACAAGGGCAUGAUUUACGAAGCGGAAAUCGAGCCGAGCGAGCCCGGCAUUUUCAAGGACAAGGACGAAAAGUAUUUCAAGCCGGUGUACAACAUUGCCAAGGACGGCGUCCAACCCGUCACCGGCUUGCGGUUUGAACAGUUCCCCUCCAACAUGCAAGACCCCAAGGACAAGCGCUACUUUGUGAUUGCCGCCACGCCAACCCGCAUCUACCAGUUUGUGGGCGUGGUCAGCACUGGCGAGACGCCUAUUUUUGGUGGUCUGUUUGCCAAUUAUGAAAUCACGCCAGGAUUUCACGAAAUGCCCGGCGAUCUUGGCUACAGCGAGCUGCACUUCUUUUCCCAGCUUCGCGGUCUGCCACAGUCGUUCGCUUGGCUCACCGGACCGGGCAUUUACCACGGCUCGUUGCUCUAUGGCUCCCAGAAUGUCGGCGACUCGGUGCUCGAGCAAACAUCGCUGCUGAACUAUCCCACAUCGGCCACCGGCGGUUCCGGAGCUCCGUUCUCAAUGUGCAUGACCGAGUUCCACUUUUUGCUGCUUCACCGUGAUCACCUUCAAGCCGUGUGCGUGCUGAACGGCGAGGCCAUUUACGAAGACACUGUUCCACGCAAAUUUGGCGCCCUCCGAGCGCUUGCCAUGGACUCGAUCAAGGGCACGAUCUGGGCCUACUCUGAUUCAACCAUUUUUGAGAUUGGCGUGCACAAGGAGGACCGCCACGUGUGGAAAAUGUUCCUGGAGAAGGGCCAGUUUGAACUCGCAUUGCAGUACUGCCACGGCAACCUGGCAAACGAGGAUCGUGUGCUCAAGGCGCAGGCUGAGCACUUUUUCGCUGCGAAAAAGUACAAGCUCGCUGCGACGUACUUUUCGCGCACUUUCUCGUCCUUUGAGGAAGUCGCGCUCAAGUUUAUUGAAAAGAACGAGCGAGAUGCACUUCGCGAGUAUCUUUCUCGCAAGCUGGAGGCAUUGAAGCCCCAGGACAAGACGCAAAACGCAAUGAUUUUCACGUGGCUGGUCGAGAUUUUCUUGUCCCAGUUGAACAGCUUGCGCGAUGACGGCGAAAUGGACAAGCACAACUCGUUGCAAGAAGAGUUCCGCAAGUUCCUCGCCGAGCGCGUGAAUGUUGCUCUGCAAAACACCGACUCGAAGCAGGCCAAGGACAUGGACGUCAAGCCGGCCACGUUUUACGACCUGCUCGCAAGCCACGGUCGCAUGGACGAUUUGCUCUACUUUGCAGGACUGAUUGAAGACUACGAGCGCAUCAUCAGCCACCACAUUCAGCACGAGAAUUGCGUCGCAGCACUCGAUGUGCUGACAGAGCAGCAAAAGAAUCUCGAGCUCUAUUACAAGUUCUCGCCCGUGCUCAUGCAACACGCGCCCGGUGAAACCAUUCUUGCGUGGAUGCGCAACGGCAGCCUGGAUCCCCGUCGCCUGAUUCCAGCGCUUGUCCGUUACGACACGUAUGCGACUCUGGGUGCUCCUCGCAGUGUCAAUCAUGCCGUCAAGUACCUCGAGUUUUGCGUCAAUCAGCUGCGCAACACGGACCAGGCGAUUCACAAUUAUCUCGUUUCGCUCUAUGCCAAGCUUCCUGACGAAGAGCCCAUGCUGACAUUCCUGAGCAACCAGGUUCAGGCCCCUUGCUUUGAUCUCAAGUAUGCCCUUCGAUUGUGCACGCAAGAACAAAAGAAGCGUGCCUGCGUCGAAAUCUACUCUGCGAUGGGCCUGUACGAGGAGGCUGUUGAGCUUGCUCUGCAAGUGGACAUUGAGUUGGCCAAGGAAAACGCCAACAAGCCCGAAGACGACGAGCAGCUCCAGAAGAAGCUGUGGCUUCGCAUUGCCCGCUAUGUCGUCGAGAUUGACAAUGAUAUUCUCCGCGCCAUGGCCUUCUUGACAGAGUCCAACCUCCUCAAGAUUGAGGAUAUUUUGCCCUUCUUCCCAGAUUUCGCUACCAUUGAUGAUUUCAAGGACGCUAUUUGCAGCUCGCUGGAAGAGUACAACCGCCACAUUGAAGACCUCAAGACUGAAAUGUACGAAGCAACAGAGAGCGCCAACUUUAUUCGCACAGACAUCCAGGAGUUGCGCAACAAGUGCAUCAUUGUGUCUGGCGCGGACAAGUGCGCGCUUUGCAACUUCCCCUUGCUCGCGCGGCAGUUCUACGUCUUCCCUUGCCAGCACUCGUUCCACGCCGACUGCAUGAUCCAGGAGUUGCUGCCCUUCCUCAACAAUGUCCAACGAGCGCGUGUGUCUGAUCUGCAGCAGCGCAUCAACCAGGAGCGCAUGAACGCGCAAGUUCUCCGCGCGAGCGGCGACUCGUCUUCCGAAGUGGAGCCCACCGUUGUCAUUCCGAAGGGCGAUCGCUACAAGACGGAGUUGGACGAUAUUGUGGCAGGCGAAUGCUUGUUCUGCGGCGAUCUCAUGGUCAAGACGAUUGAUCAGCCAUUCAUUUCGUCUGUGGAGUUGAGCACCGAGGGUGCCAGCUGGCGGUUGUAAAUUGAUUUAUGUUCGUUGUGUUGGUUGUUGAUUUUUGUGUCUCUCUCCGUGGCUGUGUCUGUCAACGUUGUUUGUUCGUCGCGCGCAAUUUGUGUUUCAUCAAUAGGAUUUACAGUAAACUUGUUUUUUUUUUUUUUGAAACAGGC